UUGGGUGGGCAGCUGAGCUCGGCAGAUGCCUUUGAAAGGCCCUGGUCACGAGCUCAGCUAUCUUUAGCUGAAGGUAUUUAUAUUACAAGGCAGUGGCGUGGCGGCCACCGGGCAGCGCAGCAAAGGCAUCAAAGGGUGGUGGAGGCAGGAGGGGGCUGCGCCAGGACGCAGCACAGAGGAGCAUCGGGUGCUGCCCCACACCCCCCGAGAGCCACUGAGACCCCAGGUGAGGAUGACCCCGGAGGAGGAAGGCUCCCAGACAGGGCCCCUGGAGCGGGUGCGUAUCCGGGUGGAGGAGCAGUCCUUUUGGGUGGAGAAGACCUUGCUGGUGGAGAGCAGCGAGUACUUCCGUGCCCUCUUCCGCUCAGGCAUGAGGGAGAGCACGCAGGAGGAGAUCGGGCUGGGGGAGCUGAGCGCGGCCGGGUUCCUCGCCAUGCUGCGGGUGCUGGCGGGUGAGAGGCCCAUCCUCAGCAGUGAAGAGACCUUCCAAGCGGUUGAGUGUGCCGCCUUCCUGCAGGUGAAGCCCUUGGCCAAGUACUUGAUCCACUCCAUCAACUCUGACAACUGCAUCCUGCUAUAUCAAGCCGCUGCCAUAUUCGGUCUCCUGGACCUUUUCCACUGCGCUGCGCUCUACAUUAGGGACAGCUACACCGAGCUGGAGGACUACCUGGACUGCCUCUCCACUGACCUGCUGGCCUAUGUGGAAGCCCUCCUACCCAGCACCUUUGUGGCAGUGGGAGCCCACACCCCAACCUUCGAGUUCUUGGAGGACCUCUCCAGGACCAUCUGCUACCUGGACGAGGAGACCAACACAUGGAGGACCCUCUCCUGCCUGCCGCUGAGCGCCAGCACAUUCCUAGCCGGCAUGGCAACCAUGGAUAAUAAGAUCUACAUCGUGGGCGGCGUCUACGGGGCCAGCAAGCAGGUGGUGGAAAGCAGCUUCUGCUAUGACGCUGACGCCAAUGCCUGGAGCGAGUUCCCCAGCCCUCAUCAGCUGCGCUACGACGUCAGGCUGGUGGGCCACGAGGGCUACCUCUACGCCAUCGGCGGGGAGUAUGAGAAGAUCUCAUUGAAGUCUGUGGAGAGAUACGAUGUGGCCUCCAGCACCUGGACGUUUGUCUCAGACCUGCCGCAGCCGAGCACGGCGGCACCCUGCGCCCAAGCCAUGGGGCAGAUCUUUGUUUGCUUGUGGAAGCCGCUGGACACCACCGUCAUCUAUGAGUACGAAACCCAGCAAGACGCGUGGCUUCCCGUCACCGAGCUCAAGCGGCACCAGAGCUAUGGGCACUGCAUGGUGGCCCACCGUGACAACCUCUACAUCAUGCGCAACGGCCCCUCGGAUGACUUCUUGCGCUGCGUCAUCGACUGCUUCAACCUGACGUCGCGGCAGUGGACCGCCCUGCCCGGGCAGUUCCUGAACAGCAAAGGAGCCCUCUUCACCGCUGUCAUCAGGGGUGACACCGUCUACACUGUCAACAAGAUGCUGACCCUCCUCUACUCCGUGGAAGAGGAGACCUGGAGGCUCAAGAAGGAGCGGGCAGGUUUCCCACGCAGCGGCUCCCUGCAGACCUUCCUCUUGCGGCUGCCGAGGCGUGACCACGAUGUCGCAACAUAGGUGGCCCCUGUCCCAUGUUGGGAUGCUCUCCUUGCACGUGGCCUCAGCUCUGCACCCGCCAGUCCCCCGGGCUCCUCUCCUCCCCUGCAGAGCCUUGCCCAGUUCCAGGAACGCAUCACGUUGGACCUUGGAGGUGACACUAGACCCUGCCAGAUGGAAAGGGGCUGCAGGCAGCUGCUGCCUGCCUCUGCCUGCACUGCACAGGCUGUGCGCAAAGUCCUACCAGACAUGGGCUCACGAGCCAACUGCACACAGGGCUUCGUGGCUUCCUCAGGGGACAGGUGCCAAAGAGAUGCAAACACAGGUUAUAUUUAUUUUGACCACACUCUGAAGGUGUGCAGCAUCCCACCUCCUCUCUGCUCUGAUGGGAAAUCAUUCAUUAUAUCCUGGAAUUAAAAGGAAAGCUAUAAAAAAAACCUGUGGUUUUCAUUACUCUUGGGUUUGUUUUUUUUAUUUUCCCCCACUUCUGAAGGAAAAUACCUCCUAACGGGGAUCCACGUCAAGGCUUGCUCCUACCCGCUGAAUGCUUUUUCAGCUGCGGCUCCAUUUCAGAGCUGUACGUGGGAGCGCGGUUCCCACACAGCCCUGCGCUCCCCGGGGAGGUCUUCAUGGCUGCUGCUGGCCACAGCGGGGUCCUGGGAGGAGGGAAGGUGGGGGGGGUGAAGGAAAGCAUCUCCUGGGCACUGGUUGCUUAAUGCACUGAGGGGUUUCUGGGACCUGGGAACCAUCUGUCACCCCCCAAAUGCAUAAGCUAGCUAUUGUCUGCUCCAGGCUUGUCCGCCAAGCCCCAGCACAGACCCAACAGGGUGGCAAGUGCUGGCACUCAUCAGAGGCUCAUCUGAGCCAAGACGGGGUCUUUUUAGGACAUGGCAAACCUUGGAAAUACAGAGGAUGCAAAAAGGGAAGGAAGGGAGAAAGCACCACCAUUACAUGGCAAUGUCAGGCUUGCAGAGUUCUUCUCCAUUAGCA